UCUGGCUGCUUUAAAAACACCUAUUACACGAUCGCCACAUUGUCUGUGCUCAUCGCGCUGUCACUGCUCCUCAGACCCAGAAGACACUCUUCUCAGCCCGCUCCCAGACCUCACGAUGGACAGAUAAACACAAAUGCAGCCUUGAUCCUGUUAGCCAGCAGAGGUGUGAGCCAUUGAAAGAGAUGCUUUCCUGCCAUCGGUUGAUCCUCGCGUCGCUCCAGCUGUGUUUGUUGUUGUCGGUGUCAUUUACCGACAGCAAAAGUUUGAAAUGCUCACCGGGGAAAGUGUGCUCGGAUCGACCGCCUGUGGUUCUCAUUCCAGGAGAUCUUGGAAAUCAGCUUGAAGCGAAACUUGACAAACCUAGUGUAGUGCACUACAUCUGCUACAAGAAGACUGAAGACUACUUCACAUUAUGGCUCAACCUGGAGCUGCUGGUGCCGGUGGCCAUUGACUGCUGGAUUGAUAACAUGAGGCUACUGUACAAUCGUACAACACACCUCACCGAAGCUCCUCCGGGGGUGGAUGUCAGAGUCCCUGGGUUUGGACGGACCUAUAGUUUGGAAUAUCUGGAUCCCAGUAAGCGGAGUGUGGGUAUGUACUUCUUCAUUAUAGUCCAAGCACUGGUUGACUGGGGUUAUACCAGAGACGAUGAUGUUCGAGGAGCCCCAUAUGAUUGGCGUAAAGCCCCAAAUGAGAAUAAGGAGUACUUCUUGAAACUGCAGCAGAUGAUUGAGGAGAUGGCUAAUAAAGCUGGAGGUCCUGUGGUUCUCAUUGCACACAGUAUGGGGAACAUGUACACGCUUUAUUUCCUUAAUCAGCAGCCACAGGCUUGGAAGGACCGGUACAUCAAGGCAUUUGUCUCUCUAGGGCCUCCAUGGGCUGGAGUGGCCAAAACUCUGAGAGUUAUGGCAACAGGUGACAACAAUCGCAUCCCUGUCAUCAGCCCUCUAAAAAUCCGCACCCAACAGCGAACGGCCGUCUCCACCGUCUGGCUCUUUCCCUAUGCCCACACCUGGCCCAAAGAUAUGGUCCUGGUCUCCACCCCCAACACCAGCUACACCGUGCAAGACUAUCAGCGCUUCUUCAAAGAUAUCGAUUAUGAGGACGGCUGGGCCAUGAGACAAGACACAGAACCGCUGGUCAGUGCACUUCAGCCUCCGGGCGUUCCUGUCCACUGCCUUUAUGGCAGCGGCAUCGCCACACCUCAGGGUUACAAUUACACAAACUUCCCAGACACAGAUCCCACCGUCAUCAACGGGGAUGGAGACGGAACGGUCAACCUGUUAAGCGCGACACAGUGCAAACGCUGGAUGGGCCUGCAGAAGCAGCCCAUCCACAUGCUCGAGCUGCCUGGGAACGAGCACGUCGCCAUGCUGUUGAACAUAACAACGAUUAACUACAUCAAAACAGUGUUGUUUCCUUCCUCUGUUUAACUUUGAACUGAAGAUUCUGGUUUGCCAAAGGGGCAGGACUCGGUUCUGCUUUUUAGGUGGGAUUGGUCACUUCCAGAGGAUGUUCAUUAUCGUAAUUUGUUUUUAAAGUUCCCCUAAUGUGGAAUUCAGGUACAUCAGGAGAUCAGUGUGAAGUAGUCAUAUAUUGUUGGGCACAAUCAGCAUUUUUUUUUUUUUUUUUUUUUUACUCAAUCCAAAUCUAACAAUUUAAUAUUACAUAGAUUUUAAUGCACAGUUGUUUAAUGUGAAAUAGCAAUUGCCUGCCGUUAAUCUGUGUCAAUUACAUUUUUAAAUAUUGUUCGUUUUUAACCUCUACUACUUAAAAUCUUGAUUGCUUUUUUAAAUGGAUUUUCUAUCCAAAUUAUUCUGACGUUGCAGUAUUUCCCUCAAACAAGUAAGUGGCUAUUUAUCAAGCUUGUCUGUGACCAGUAUUGAUUUAUGAAUUUUUAUCAAGUGGUCUCGAAUGUAGAAUGUGCAACACGACUGCUGGAUAUCUCAUCGUUGCUCAAUUUAUGUCGGCUUAACCUCUGUGACUGCAGUUGUGCCACGACCCAGGAUGGGUUAACCGAUGUUACAUGUGUACAAACU